AUGUCUUCUUCACCUAUUCAUCCUGUGGUCACCGUAAACAACACCAAAAACUUCAUCCCUUUGAUCCUUGAUAGUCAAACCGAACACUACAACACAUGGGCCGAGUUGUUCAUCCUUCACUGCAAAGCUUACGAUGUCUUUGAUCACUUACAACCCCGUGUCACCGCCACCUCUUCCUCCACUGAAAAAGACUCAUCAGACAAGGAAAAGGAUAAAACACCGGUCACCAAACAUCCCUAUGUUGAGUCAUGGGAACGGAUAGAUUCCAUUGUUCUCCAAUGGAUCUAUGGUACCAUCUCUCAAGAUCUCAUGCACGCCAUAAUGAUCACCAACACCACCGCCUACGACGCAUGGUGUCGACUCAAAAACCUUUUCCUUGACAACCAAGCUGCUCGUACCAUCACCAUACAAAACAAAAUCUUCAACACUCGCCUAGAACUGUUCCCAACUAUGGCCGAAUAUUGUCAACACAUGAAACUCCUCCAUGAUCAACUUACUAGCCUCGGUCCACCAUCUCUGAAAAACCAACUUGUCCAACAGAUUCUCACCGGGUUAACUGAUCAACAUGAGAGCAUCUCUCUUAUUAUUCAGCAGACUCAGCCCCUCCCAAAUUUUUACAAUACCCGAUCUCGCCUAUGCCAAGUUGAAGAACGAAAAAACACCCAAGCUAAAUUAUCGGCUCAAACUGCCGGAACUGCCCUCCACACCACCACUGAUCAAACCAAUUGUGCUCAUGCUGACACCCGAAACCACAACCGGUCUGAUAACUCCUCUGAUCAUGGACGCGGCCGAGGCCGUGGACGCGGUCGCUCCUCCUACGAACGUGGUCAGUAUCCCCAAACCAACCAUUACCCACAACACUUCUGGCCGUUUCCUCCAUGGGCCGGAAAUCCAUCACAAUAG